AUGAUAGAGACACCUGUAGUUGACUUCAAGGAUUAUGGCCUUAAUGUUGAUGCUGAGAACAGCCCCACAGAUGCACAACUAAAAGAGCUUGCAGAGGAUGUGUAUAAGGCACUGACUGGAGUGGGCUUUAUGUACAUCAAAAAUCAUGGUAUAUCAGCUGAUUUGUUCAAGAGAAUUGAGAAUAUUGGAAGAGAAUUUUUCAGUUUACCACAAGAAGAAAAGAUGAAAUGUAGCUUUACAGAAGGAAAGAAGUAUGGCUAUUCUGGAGUUGCAACUCAAAUGUUAGGUGGAAAUAGAGAUGUAAAGGAAUUCUUUGACUAUGAAUAUUGGCUCCCUGCAAGAUGGCCAAAGAAUGUGAAUGGUUUUGAAGAGGUCUAUAAAGAAAUGUUCAGAGAAUUCACCACAUUAUUUAGGAGAGUGCUUGAAGUAAUGGCAUUAUCAAUAAACCAGGAGAGAACUUUCUUCACAAAACUCCAUAACACUUAUACCAAGAGAACAAGAACCAAGAUGAGAUUACUAAACUAUCCAAAUAUGCCAGAGGAUUUUACAAAGACUGAGAGUCAAAUACGUCUUGGAGAACAUACAGAUUGGGGUACUGUCACCCUCAUUGCACAAGACAGUGUGGGUGGUCUACAGGGAAAGACACGCUCGGGAGAAUGGAUUGAUGUAACGCCAAAAGAUGGCUGCCUUUUAGUUGUGAUUGGGCAACUUGUGCAGAGAUGGACUUCAGAUAAACUGCAGGCUAAUCCACACAGAGUCAUGAAGCUGCCAUCUGAAGCAGAGGAUAUGAAAGCUGGAAAAAACUCACGAUUCAGCAUGACCUACUUUGGACAACCUGAUUGUGAGGCAAUGAUUGGAAGUGUUGGUGACUCAAAAUAUGAACCCAUUAAUGCAAAUGACCACAUUGAGCAACGCCUUGCUGAAUCAUAUGGAUAUUAACAAUAUAGAGUUCUACAGCUACAUCAAGACACUGAUAAAUAUCACACUCGGAACUAAAAUUGCCAUCUUGUAAAUGACCUGGCAUGUCAAAAACCUAAUCAAAUCUUGGCACUAGUCAGCUCUUGCAUUUGCAAAUAUUUUAAGUAUAAUGUUUUUGCUUUCUUGAUGCCACAAUUUCUGUGAUUCCUGACUAACAAUGUAGCACUUUUCAAUAGUUUUGGAAUUAUAAGGCGUAUGUACAUGUCCAGAUAUCUCUUUAAUGAUUACAAUAAA